AUGCCGGAGAUGCCCAAAGUGUUUAAGGAUGUGGUCGAUGUGUUUGACGAUGGUUAUCUUGGAUUGCAGAUGGAUUUUGGCCAGAUGGGCCGCCAUAGCUUUCCCAUCAUGGAGCCAGGGCGCUUCUCGCUGGACCAUGUCCUUCGACCGUCCGACGAAGGCACGCAUGCACAGAUCGAAGUUCUUGUGGACCACUCGGCCGGAUGCAAAAGGGUUGUGGCAAAGCGCUUCCCCAGGGCCUACCUCCGGGACGAUCCCAUAUCAUUUCGCGAGUCACCAGCAGGCACGCAGUCGAGCGAGGACCCAUGGACGGAGUUGUUCCUUUCCUUGAAGCUGGGGCAAGAGCCUGCGCGAAUGCGGGGAGUUGUCCCGUGCCAAGGUGUAUACAGAGACUCCCAGGAGGAUGUGCUGUUGCUGCUGGAGUGGGUUUCAGGUGGGGACCUCUUCGACCUUGCAAGCAAUCUGGGAGAGCCCGGCCCACAGCGCGAAGCUACGGCUGCUCAUGUGCUCUGCUCCUUGCUGGAAGUGGUCACCCGGCUACACGCAAGGGGCAUCGCGCAUGGGGACAUCAGUGCCGAGAACGCAAUCAUCCGAACGGGGGAAGGUGAAGGCGAGGUUGCCCUCUUGGACUUCGCGAUGGCAAUCCACGACACGGACCUCUCUGCCGUGACGGGCGCGCGAGGCAAGCUGAUGUACCGGGCGCCGGAGACACUUGGAGAGGGUGCCAUCUAUGAUGCGCGGGCCGCCGACUUGUUCGCAUGUGGCAUGGUGGGCUACGUCUUGGCGACAGGCACCUACCCCUGGCAGAGCACCGCCCCAGACUGCAAGGCUUUCUCCUACGUGCGCCAGCAUGGAAUGAAGCGCUUUCUCGACAAGCGGACCAUUGCCGUUGGUCCUGCGGCAGCGAAGGUUUCGAUCUCUCGCAUCCUCUCCGCUGGAUAUCAGGCUCUGCUUGUCUCACUGCUUGAUCCGAAUCCCAGAAAGCGGCUUGCUUUCCUGUCGCAGAUGUAG